GAGAGAAGAAUGACCUCAGAAAAUGAUUCCACAGUGACCCACUUUAUCCUGCAGGGCUUGACACAACAGCCAGAACUGCAGCUGCCUCUCUUCUUCCUCUUCCUGACAAUCUAUGUGGUCACUGUGGUGGGGAACCUGGGCUUGAUUGCUCUGAUUGGUCUGAACCCUCACCUGCACACCCCUAUGUACUACUUCCUCUUCAACUUGUCCUUUGUUGAUCUCUGCUACUCCUGUGUCAUAACCCCCAGAAUGCUGGUGAGUUUUGUGAAACAGAACAUCAUCUCCUAUGCUGAGUGCAUGGCACAGCUCUUUUUCUUCUCUUUCUUCGUUAUUGAUGAGUGCUGUAUCUUGACAUUGAUGGCCUAUGAUAGAUAUGUGGCCAUCUGUAAGCCCCUGCUGUACAAGAUCAACAUGUCCCUUCAGGUCUGCCUCAUGUUAACAGUGUGGACAUAUUCAAUGGGGUUUGCAGGUGCCAUGGCCCACACUAUGUGCAUGCUGAGACUCACCUUCUGUGACAGCAACAUCAUCAAUCAUUUUGUGUGUGAUAUUUAUCCACUUUUUCAGCUCUCCUGCACAAGGACCUACAUCAAUGAGCUGGUGGUUUUCAUUGUGGUGGGCAUCAAUGUAACAGUGCCCAGUUUCACUCUUUUUGUUUCUUAUACCAGGAUCCUCUCCAACAUCCUCCGCAUCCAUUCUGCCCAUGGCAGAUCCAAAGCCUUCAGUACCUGCAGCUCCCACAUAAUUGCUGUUUGUCUUUUCUUCGGAUCUGCAGCUUUUAUGUACCUUAAGCCUUCUUCUGCUGGGUCUCUGCCUCAAGAUAAAAUAUCUACUAUUUUUUAUACCAUUGUGGGGCCAAUGAUGAAUCCUUUCAUCUACAGUUUGAGGAACAAAGAUGUUCAUGUUGCACUGAGUAAGACUUUGAAGAAAAGUGUCCUCUCCUAA